CAUUAAAACCGGAAGUGGUACGUUGAGCGUACGAUCGGUAGCAUGCACAUGGAAAUGUCUCUAACCGGCGUUCUCGAACUACCAAAUGCUUCUAUGAAAUCAAGUCUGGAUCUUCUCUACAUUCGAGCUGUCUUUGAGGUAUGUGUUGGUUUAUGAACCUCGCCUGGAUAUUAGGUUGUGAAUGCAAUCAAGUGAAAAGGUUUGUUCGAUCUGCUCAUUACUAUGUCAAGCUAGCGUUCGCGCAUGGUAGAACUCAACAAAGAAACAAUAAAUAUUUAUAGACUGCUUUAUUUAUGCAUUUAAAUUUGAUGUUUUAAUGCAUCAUAUGGCGUUUUGGAGCAUUAUGACAGAUCCUAUCGAUCUAUAUAGUUAAUUACUACACUUUUACUAUAUUGAAACCAUGGUAAUUUUCUUAAGGGUUCUCCCAACAUUCCAUUAAGAAUUUAAUCUAAUGUAUAAAACUGCAUUCUGCAUCUAAGGUAACCUAAAGCUCUAACAAUUAAUUGCAAUCCCUUAUAAAAAUUAACCAACAGGCUUACGCUUACUACAAUAAUCAAAGUUUAACCGUGAUAUUUAGUAAAAUUAUGGCAAUGCAAUUGGUUAUCAACCUUUCAAAAACCCAUUUAGUGUAGUAGACCCAAAUGUUAUAAUUGUAAGUCACAGCAAUGUUACUGUUUUCACAUGGAAACUCAAUUGUGUGAUGGUCAAGUUAGUUAUUCCUGAUGAUGCUGACUUAUGGAGUCUCAGAGUUUAUUCUCUCUCACUGCAGCGCGUGAGCCAGGUGACACGAUUAUGUCGGGUUUUUGGCAACAGGACUCAUCAGAGAACGGAAACCUCAGUGGCAUGAAAAUGAACGGCGAGGACACUGGUAUAGGAGGUCCAACCCCAGCAGUGGUGGGGUAUUUGGGAAAAUGUGACGACAAAAAUGCCUCACCUGGAAAUUGUCCUUGGUGCUUGGCAAAGGGUCAGACAAAUGCCCUACGGCAUUACUCCAUCAACUUGGAGGAGACCAUUUUGCUCUGUACAAGUCCAGCGUGCCUUUAUCCCCUGGUUAGCAGACCUCUGGAAGAUGUCCGUGCUAGUUUGUCUAAAGAUGGAGAGGGAUGCAAAAGGAAAGCCUCGGUCUUGUCUGUUGUCGAAGACUUGUCCUCCCCUUCAAAGCGCUUAAAAGAUGAGAACCUGGACACAUUGUCUGCUAUCGAAGACUUGUCCUCUCCUUCAAAGCGCUUAAAAGAUGAGAACCUGGACACUUUGUCUGCUGUCGAAAACUUGUCCUCUCCUUCAAAGUGCUUAAAAGAUGAGAACCUGGACACUUUGUCUGCUGUCGAAGACUUGUCCUCCCCUUCAAAGCGCUUAAAAGAUGAGAACCUGGACACAUUAUUGUCUGCUGAUCCUGAGUCACAUGAUCUCAAUAGUUGCACUCUUUCGAAUCACACUGAAAUGUUGACCGGCGACCAGUUGAUGCUUGAAAACAGCAUUGUAUCUGUUAAUGGCACUGAGAAAGAAAAUCCCGAAGAUGAACCUAAUGUGGAUCUACAUUUGGGUGGCGAGAAGGAUGGUGGUGUAUCUAGUACUCAAGACGAGAUUGAGGAGGUGAUGGAAUUAGAUGUUUCUGAAUUGGAUGAAGCUGUGGAAACAUCAGAAGAGUUGGUUCCUUUGCAUCUUCCUCUCUUCUGGAAAAAUGAAAAUAACCUGUGUUGGUUGGAUACGUUAUUGGCAAUGCUUGUAAACAGCAGGACGAUCAGAGAAGCUCUGUGUCGUGAUGUAAAGCGAACAGACUCUAUAAUCAGGAAAUUUUAUUCAACGUACGAUAAGACGUGUGCCUACGUAGAAGCCAAAGAACAGCAGUGGGAUGACAAGGUAACCAGAGUCCCUGCAAGUAUCCUGAAUGAAGCGGAGCGACGGCUUUCUGCUCUUCGAAUGUCUCUCUUCAAACUCCUUCAGCCUACACUCAGAUGUGAAAUUGGUCAGGAGGAAACGCCUGUUUUUGCUCUCCCUCUUCUUCUGCGGUCAGAUAAAUGGGCUCAGGAUCUUUUCCAGCACACCGUCAGCUGGGAAUUUAAAUGCAAAGGCUGUGGCCAUUCUCUCAAUGACAGUGUUGAGAAGACUCUUACGACAUUAACUCAGAUUCUCUCUCACUGGCACCCGCUGAACGCAACCCACCAUGCUCAGUGCAGUAACUGUAAACGUAAAAACCAGAGGAGGAAAAUGGUGCUUGAGAAGUUGUCCUCCGUGUUUGCUCUUCACUUCGUGGAGGGUCUGCCAAGAAAAGACCUCUCCAAAUAUUCAUUUGAGUUCCAGGGCUUACACUACAGUGUUAGCACUGUUAUCCAAUACAAUAAACUCCUCAAGCAUUUUGUCACUUGGAUCCGCCAGAGUAACGGAACAUGGUUGGAACUUGAUGACUUGAAAUACCCUCGCAGCUACACCCACAGAAGGUUUAUGGUCCCUGCCAAAGAAAUUCACAUUGUUUUCUGGGAGGUGGAGUCGGAAAAUAAAGAUGUUUCAGAGAUCUGUCCACCAACACCUACAUCAGUCACGAACACUAACAACAAACAGCAGCAUAAACUGUCGCAUACUGCAGCCGAUGACUCCCUAAAUUCGGUGACUGUAAGUGAGGACACCGACCAUAAUGCUGCCAGCACCCUAGAUGCAUCUAUAGGCAGCACCACCACAUUACUGGACCCCUUUAAGGGACUUUCAGAGACAGAUGUUGUGACUCUCACUUUGGUUGAGGAGAAUUCAUUAACAGAAGCAACAAAGUUAAAGAGUCCAUCCAUUGUAUCCGCAUCUAGUUCUGAUUCUCCAAGCUCCAAGAAGCCCCAGAGAUGCAGUUCUGGUCCAAAGGAACCUAAUUUGGUAACGCAACAAAUACCUCAACCCUCAGCGAAGUCCUCAGUAACUUUAGAAACACAAACCCUUUCACCCCUACCUUCAAUUAAUAAAAAUCAAGGCGGACUUCAACACCUUUCAUUACUUCAGCGGCAUCCUUCUUUCCAGUCAACUCCAGUAAGACCUCCUGCUCCUGUCCCGAAACCAAAACCCAAACCCAUUCUGAAGUGUGAAACCAAUGAAGCUCAGCCAGCAAAGCCAGCUGACAUGUAUGGCGGUUUCUUAACCAAGAAGAUACCUGCUGUGCCUAAUCCAGGUGGAGCUGGGAACAAUCCUUCCUUAGUACCUCAACAGAAACCAGUCGGGUUUCAAGGAAGCGGUAAGGUAUCCGAGGUCCUCAAAUUAGCCGGUAAGAAAACUCCAAGCAUUACGGCCGAUAACCAGCCCAUGAGCACUACGGAAGCCCUCAGGCUGCAGCUCAUGAAAAAGCUCAAGGCAAAGAAAAAGAAACUCGCCAAGCUAAACCAACUUCUGGGAGUUGCAGGAGAAUCUGCACCCACACCGGACAGCACAGCCUUGUCUUCGCCAUACUCCGUUACUUCUAGUACCGUGGCCUACGACAAUCCAGAGUAUGACCAGUUCUUUGCCGAGCUGUUGACGCCUGCGACGACCGCGAGCAACCUCUCGCCUGAUAGCUCGGGUCUAUUGGAUAGCUUAAGCAACCAGAACGGAGAGGCAACCAAUGGAGGUUUACAUGCAAGUUCUACUAUUGCACCUGUGGUGCAAGAACAAAGUCUCCGUUACCCCUCCUCUACUAAUGAUUCUGCAGUAAAUGACUUUAUGAAUGCAAUCGAAGACUUUAUACCAUCGAAAAUGGAGCAGACUGCAGUUGAAAACACAGAUUUUAAUGCAUUAGAAUUAUUUUUCUGAUUUGGGCCUUGAGUUUUUAUGCCAAGUUAUUCCUAAGUAUUCUUCUUUUGCAGUUUUGUUAGGAAGACCUGUGCAUGAUCAGUUCAUUGAAUCAUAUUUUGAAUCAUUUUGUCUGAUUCACUUUAAAGAUAGAACAAUACAUUAAAUGAAGAUCAAAAUAAUGCAGAAUGUAAAGUUUUGUACAGUAGUGUACAGAUUUUUUUGUCUUGGAUGUUUUUUAUGGUUAUCACAAUAUUUAAAAAGUUUGUAUUAAAUGGUCUCCAAAACAGAAUUUUGUUGUUAUUAACUUUUUAUGUGAGUCUUGCAUGUAAUUUCGUAGGGAUAGUUUACUCCA